UAGCAUGUGGCAAGCAUACCAGAGAGGUAGCGCGUUUCCUCACUCAGUUAAAAUUGUCCAAAGUUGUUUGUCCGCUCGACACUAAGGUAGAGGUAGAGGUCCGGGCAGGGAGAAGCAGCGGCAGUAUGUCGGUCGACAGCGUGUUUAGGACCCGGUCCCUCGGUGUGGCAGCCGUAGGUCUUCCUGAUCAAUACGCCGAUGGCAAAGCAGCGAAAGUGUGGCAGCUGUACAUCGGAGACACGAAGAGCAGGACGCAGGAGUACAGGAGCUGGGUGGUGUCCCUGCUGAAGCAGCACGGGGUGCGGAGUGUGCUGGAUGUAGCCUGCGGAACAGGGAUUGACUCCAUUAUGUUGGUGGAGGAGGGGUUUAAUUUAGUGAGUGUGGAUGCCAGCGACAAAAUGCUCAAGUAUGCACUGAAGGCGAGAUGGGACAGGAGAAAAGAACCAGCUUUUGACCAGUGGGUGAUUGAAGAGGCCAACUGGCUGACUUUAUCAGAAGACAUUCAGAAACCAGGAGAUGGUUUUGAUGCUGUCAUCUGCCUCGGCAACUCAUUUGCCCACUUACCAGACUUUAAAGGGGACCAGAGUGACCAAAAGCUGGCCCUUCGAAACAUCGCCAGUAUGGUCAGACCAGGUGGGGUCCUCAUCAUUGACCACCGCAAUUACGACUACAUCCUGGAGACCGGGCGUGCUCCACAAGGCAAGAACAUCUACUACAAGAGUGACCUAACUCAGGACAUCACCACCUCAGUGUUGUGGGUCAACAGUAAGCCACAUAUGAUCACUCUGGACUACACCAUCCAAGUGCCACAGGCCACCCUCCAGAACCUGCCUGAAGUUAGUAAAUUCCGUUUGUCCUACUACCCUCACUGCCUGGACAGCUUCAGAGGUCUGCUGAACGAGGCCUUCAACGGCAAACUGGAGCACGCCGUUUACGGAGAUUUCAAGACUUACGUGCCGGGCCAGUCUCAGGCUCCAUGCUACUUCAUCCAUGUCUGUAAGAAAAAGGCCUAAGAGGAAUACCGGGAGCCACCUUGAUACUGAUGUGCACACAGUGCUUGCAGGAAGGAGGGAAAAACAUCUCUGCUUAAAAAGUCCCAAUAUAUUAGCUUUCUUUCAAAAAUAUCACAACACACUUUGUCACAUGGAUACUGAAAAAAAAUGUUGCUUUAAAGCAGUUUUUUUUUUUUUCCCAGUAGCUUUAAAUUAAGAGUACAUAAAAAAAUUAAAAAAAACUUGUCUUUUAGGCAUUUGAGCUGCCAAGACUCAUUGGUUCUGCUAGUCGACACUGUUCAUUCGUUUGACUUAAAACAGUUUGUUGUUGUUUGAAAAGCUACAUUUACAUGUGUCGGACCAGUGUUUUGCCCAUGUCUGGUAGUUUUCCUCCAAUGUGCAUUCAUGCGUUCAUCUCUUUGGGCUGCUCUCUACAUCCCGCCUCUUUGAACACAUUUCAAAAUGGUGCUGUACAUUUGUGGUACUCCUGCUUUUUGUUGCCAAAAACCUACAAAGAUGUAUUCUUAGAUGAGUGUAUUUUGUAAGUUUACCACUUUGGUCUUAAAAAAAACAUCUGUGGCUUUGAUUACGGUGGCCUGAUUUUUUUAAAUGUAUUUUCAACCUGGAAAGAAAAUGCAGCCAUUUUGGCCUUUUGCCUUUGACAGGCACAGAUUGAAGAUUUGAAUUCAGGUAAACCCAAGAGAACGACUAGUAAUAACUGUGAAUCACCUCGACUUAUACAGGAAAACCUCACCUGCCUGUUAGAUCAGAUUUCCUCUUCUUUAAAGGGUCGUUACAGUAAAGCCUCUCCUACCUGAACAGACUUUGCUGUAGAAAUGUAAGUUUUGUGAUCGGCUUUUAGACAGAAAGCCUUUAAAUUUUGUGGAAACUGCCACUAAUGAACAUGAAGCAGGCCAGUACUGAGCAUCAGCAAACAUGAAACGACAAUAAAAACUGGAGCCCCGACUAAUUGAACCACGUCAUCAAACAGAAAGAUGACAUUAACGUAAUAAGAUUAUUACUGAAUGCCUAACCUGCUUAUCAACCAAAGAUAUUUAAGAAUAUUAAACUGUUAUCUCAUGUAGACUAAGAAAACUCUGCACAGUAGAUAAUCUUCCAUCAUGUUUUCCACCAUUAAUUUACACUGCUGUAUUAUCCAGGUGUAAAUAUUUUCUGUAUUUUUGCAAACUCAGUAGGGCCAUUUUCACUUGAAUGCGAAAGGAGUUCGACCACAGUGAAGUGAAAUAUUCUCACAUCUCUGCCUGAGUGCUUUGUGAUAUUGUGCUAGUGCUUCCUGUAGGACAAAAUGUACGGUAUGCAAAGUUCAUGAUUAGUUUAAAAGCAACAUUAGAUGUUAAGGUGUUAAACAUUUUAUAAAAUUCAUUUCCUGCAUGAUUAUCGAAAUCUUUUGCCAUAAAAUAAAAAUAUUUGAAAUAAG